CUCAGCUGACUCGAGAGGAGGAGUCGUCGCGUACAAGGAAUCAAGGGGAAAACAGCAAUGGCGGCGGAGAUCCAUUCCAGGCCCCAGAGCUCCAGACCCGUCCUGCUGAACAAGAUCGAGGGCCACAGCGACAGCGUGAACGCGGCGGUGCUGAUCCCGAGGGAGGAUGGAGUCAUCACGGUCAGCGAGGACAGGACGAUUCGAGUUUGGCUGAAGCGGGACAGUGGACAGUACUGGCCCAGUAUCUAUCACACUGUGUCCUCUCCGUGCUCCUGUAUGUCAUAUCAUCAUGAGAGCAGGCGGAUCUUCAUAGGCCAGGACAAUGGAGCUGUUGUGGAGUUCCUCAUCUCAGAAGACUUCAACAAAAUGAACCACGUCAAAACAUACCCAGCUCAUCAGAACCGUGUGUCGGAUCUCAUCUUUUCUCUGGAGAGUCAGUGGGUGAUCAGCACAGGUCAUGAUAAAAGCAUCAGCUGGAUGAGCACUCAGAGCGGCUCUAUGCUGGGACGCCACAUCUUCGGCUCAUGGGCUUCCUGUUUACAAUAUGAUAACGAUACCCAGCAUGCCUUUGUGGGAGAUUAUUCAGGGCAGAUCACUCUGCUGAAACUGGACGAACAGACAUGUUCUGUCAUUACUACACUGAAGGGACAUGCAGGUAGUGUUAGUGCGUUAUAUUGGGAUCCGGUUCGGAGGUGGCUGUUUUCCGGAGCGUCUGACCACAGUGUGAUCAUGUGGGACAUUGGUGGCAGACAGGGACGCUCAUUACUACUGCAGGGACACAAUGAGAAGGUCCAGGCGCUGUGGUAUCUGCCGCUGACCCAUCAGCUGCUGUCCUGCUCUGCUGAUGGAGGAAUAACAGUGUGGAACAUGGAGGCCAAACGAGAAGAGGCUCCUCAGUGGCUUGACAGUGAUUCCUGUCAGAAAUGCGGACAGCCGUUUUUUUGGAAUAUAAAGCAGAUGUGGGACAGUAAGACCCUGGGGCUCCGACAGCAUCACUGCAGGAAGUGCGGGAAUGCGAUUUGUGGGAAGUGUAGUUCUAAACGCUCCACGUACCCCGUCAUGGGCUUUGAGUUCCAGGUGCGCAUGUGUGACGACUGCUACGACACAAUCAAAGAGGAAGAUCGGACUCCUCUGGCUGCGUUUCAUGAAGGGAAACACAACAUCGCUCACAUGGACAUGGAUCCAAGCCGAGGACUGAUGGUCACGUGUGGCAGUGAUCGAGUUGUUAAGAUCUGGGACAUGACGCAGGUGGUGGGCAGAAGUGUAGCAGCGGGAUUCUCUCCUCGCUGAUUGGCUGUUUCUGAAAGCACCGCCCACACUCUGCCAACAGAUGUCUUAGAAACGCUCACCUACCUGUCUAACUCUCUCUCUCUCUCUCUCUCUCUCUCUCGAGUCUGCGCUGAACAGACACUUCAACAGUGUGUGUGAAUAUGUGUGUGUCAUUGGAAUGCUCCUUGAUUUUAUGAAUCAGCCGUUCAUGUCUCUGAGACAUGAUGACCUGGAUUUGAGCAAACAUGAACUCAAGGUACUUCUGAUAGCACAAAAUUUGCACCCUUUCUGUGUGUGUGUGUGUGUGUGUGUGUGUAUGUGUGUCAUCCAACAUCCAGUUUCAUCCUCAGCCAUCUUUCUUGUUCAUCCCUCUUACCCUUUUUGAAUUUGAAUGCUACUACUGGUCAUAGUAACCAGCACUUGUGUUACCAUGGAAAUUAGUGUUCCAUAGUAACAAUGGAACAUUCGUGUACAAACUUGUCGUUUUCCUGCUAAAAUGUCACGCAGGCAGAUGAGGAACAUUACGUGUAGCAUAAAAUCCAUGUAGCAUUUUAUGAUUAAAAGCGUUAAGUUAGUACAGUAGUGUUCAGCUGUAAAACACUAUUUAUAGCACUAAUCAUCGUUCUCUGUGAUUU